CCUUUUAAUUACCUAACUAUUCUAAAGAAGAAGAAGAAGGUUAUUAUAGCACUUACUAAAGCCUAUACUAAUUUAAUAAAUAGGUUUAGAUUUAAUAACUUUAUUACUAGAAAAGGUUAUAGUCUAGUCGUACUCUUAUACGGCCUUCUAGAAGUAAAAAAGAUACUUAUAGCUAAAGCUAUUACUAAACUAGGUAAACGUUUAUUCUAUAAUCUAUUAUAUAAUAGCCUUAUUACUAUAUUUCUCUAUAAGCUAGAAUAUCUAGAUAGAGUCUUAUUCUUAAUAAUAAACUAG